GCCGCCUCUCAGUCCGUGGCAAAUCAUUCUGGCCAUGGCAACCUCUAGUAUUUACGUGACAUGAUCUUACAACCGAGUUUAUGUCCCAUGUAUCAUGUUCACUGCUCUGCCUUUCCCAUUGCAUGUCCGCAGUCCAAAGCGCCAUGAAGACCAAUCCAUUGCCGGAGUAAAGACGCGUCCCAAUUCCUCCCUCCUUGACCUUCAUGGAUAUAUUCCGAGUUCGUCUCAACUGCCUCGAUCACUAUCAAGCCGUCCCAAUCGAUCAGUUUGACCCUCCUGUGCCACAUGGCGCAACACGCGAGAAUGCCAAACAACGUCCUCGAAUCUCCGUCAUUCGGGUUUUUGGCGCAACCGAGACCGGCCAGAAGGUCUUGGUUCAUGUCCAUGGCGCUCUACAAUAUACCUAUAUCGAGUACAGUGGUAGUUUGAUUCGGGAAGAUGUUCAAGUGGCCAUACAAACCCUCCAACUGUCCAUCGACCAUGCGCUUGCGGUUAGUUAUCGCAAGAACAUCUAUGAGGGCAAACAUCGAUAUGUCGCUCACAUUUCCCUGGUCAAGGGAGUUCCGUUCUAUGGCUUCCAUGUCGGUUACAAGUUCUACCUCAAGAUCUAUCUUCUCAAUCCUUUGCAUAUGACACGACUGGCCGAUCUGUUGCGUGAAGGUGCUGUGAUGAAGAGGGUCUUGCAGCCCUAUGAAAGUCACAUGCAGUAUCUGGCUCAGUGGAUGUGCGACUACAAUCUUUAUGGCUGUGCCUACAUCGACUUUGACAAAGUCAAAUUCCGCGGUCCUGUUCCCAAGUAUGUCGAUUUGACAAACCCUAUGCAUCAAUGGCAUGAUAGGUCGAUUGACCCAAAGGACAUAUCGGAUGAGUUCACAUUACCCAAACAGAGUCUUUGUGCGCUGGAAGUCGACGUUCAUGUCAAGGACAUCCUCAAUCGCAACAACGUGGAAGCCCGCCUCAUCCACCAUGAUUUCAUCGAACGAGUCAAUCCUCUUCCGAUCGAUGCUAAAUUGGUACAGAGUAUGGCUGGUCUAUGGAAGGAUGAGACGCGACGGAGAAAGGCCAGGAUGGGCCUAAAAGAUCCGAAUAGUACUCCUUUUCCUCCCGAGGUCUUGAUCUCUAUGUCUGCCGAUCCUAGAAAUACCUCAGAUGGUGGAUGGAUUCAUGAAGAGGAGUACCGCCAAAAGAUCGCUGGGCUUGCCAUUCAGGAGUUCGAGAAGAGCGAUCAAAGAAAGCUCGACUUCGAAAAUUUUGUCAAACCCGUCCCAAUGGAAGAUACAGUUCAGACCGCGUUGGAAAGCGUCGAAGAUUUGUACCCCGACAAGUUCAAUGACAUGGAUACUACCCAUGGUCAGAGCGAUGAAUUGGCCUUCCGGGACGGUGGUAAUGUCUCUACUGAAGGUCAUGCCGUCAUCGACGAGACUCGCGCACAAACUGUCACAGAAGGAUACGAGAGGAGCUCUGAAGAAAACACGCUGUCCGUGGACGCAGCUACUAGUCAUUCUCCUGAGACGAACGGCCUCAAAUCACGUUCGGAAAGUCCAGGAGAUCGCCUCUUAACCACCCCAAUCAGCUCGUCAGAGUAUGCUAACUUUGGCAUCCGCCCAGCCGGGGACUUUUCUCACGUUGACGAAGAUACAUUUCAGGUACCCGAGCAAUAUCUCGAUGUGCCAGCCCCAAAUGUCCGCAGCAUCAAAAGAACAAGAUUUGGAAAUGCACCCACCUUCAAAUCUAGGAAGAGACAAAAACAGCUAGUAGAUGAAGACAACAUCCUCCCUGAUGUUAGUUUCUCUGGCUCGGAGGAUGAGGCAGAUCUGGUCACGGACGCUGAGGAGCUCCUCAAGGACACCGAAUCUCCUUCACGGCAAAAAAAUAUCAAUAGGUUAGACGGCCAGCCCGCCACAAAACAUGGUCGAGAUGCAAAACAGCUCGUCGAAGGCGUCAUGAGCCUAUCUCAACAGUCUACACUCGGUUUUCCCACUGUCAAGAAUUCGAAUGAACCAUUAACAGCUCUGAGGUUGAGCCAGAGGAGCAAUUCCUCGCAAAAGCUACAUGAUGCUUCGCCCACCAAGGUAGACAUAUCUCCCAUCUUACCAAAGACCCCAAAGACCCCCGCGCACAUCAUGGGCAAAUCUUCACAGCAUACCCUUCUUUGUCCUACCACAGGCAAAAGUAGAUCCUCGAUAGCGGACACAUUUGUUAAACUCAAAGGUAUACCACGCCCAGCAAAUCACUCUCAGGUCGAUGUGUAUCAAGUCAGGCCGCCUCCAUUCAGCCAGGUUGAGAGCUCCAUGUGGCAUGAAGGUCUUCCAGAUGUCAUCUACCAAGAAGCAUACUACAGCAAUGAAGGUGAUGUCCCCGACCUGCCGAGAGAGUAUGCAGGACGAGAAUUCAAGCUGGAAAGCACCACGGUGCCAUAUCUUCCUGAUUUUGAUGCGUCCGGCACGUCUCUCGCUACUUUUGGCCGAAAACCUGCAACGAUACUCGACCAGUCUGCUGAGUCUACGCUAGACAAUCAACGAAGGAAACGUUGUACGAUCUCACAGUGGAGUAUAGCAGAGGCGCCACCCUCUAGGUUGGACGUGUUAAAAUGGGUUGAUGAGCAUCGGUCUCUCUCCUUGCAGCCGGUCAAUGGCCCUGUCCAACCCAAUUCUCAGACAAAGAAGCUAUCCCAGAUUGAUGGACCUACACAAAAGAACAAGCACGGAUUCAAAUAUUCUCAGAAACUUUCCAGCACAAGUGUACAGCAUGAGACCCAGUACAUGAGCGUGAUGGCGCUAGAAGUGCAUGUCAACACACGAGGCUCCCUUGCACCUAACCCUGAUGAAGAUCCGAUUCAGUGUGUUUUCUGGUGCAUCCAAACAGAUGACGAAGACAUAGAGUACAAUGGAAGUAAGGAGGGGCGCCACAUGGGCGCUCUGGUAGUCGGCAACGAGCCGAAUAUGGCCAGAAAGAUUGGGCGCGAUGUUAGAUACUCCGUCGAGGAGGAAUCUACAGAGCUUGACGUGUUUACUCGGCUGGUUGAUAUCGUCCGGCUGUACGACCCAGACAUUUUGACAGGCUACGAAGUGCAUAAUAGCUCAUGGGGAUAUCUAAUCGAACGUGCACGGGUUGCGUAUGACAUGAACCUCUGCGAUGAGAUCUCUCGCAUGAAGUCUCAGUCUCACGGCAGGUUUGGGAAAGAAGACGAUCGAUGGGGUUUCAACCAUACCUCUACCAUCCGGGUGACUGGACGACAUACGAUCAACAUCUGGCGCGCAAUGAGAGGCGAACUUAAUCUGCUUCAGUAUACCAUGGAGAACGUCGUGUUUCAUUUGCUACACCAGCGCAUCCCUCAUUAUGCUUUUGCUGAUCUUACCAAGUGGUACAAGAGCAAGAAUCCGCGAGAUUUGGCCAAGGUUGUGGAAUACUUCAGCUCUCGAGUACAACUUGAUCUGGAGAUUUUGGCAGCCAAUGAACUAGUCCCAAGAACAAGUGAGCAAGCUCGAUUGUUAGGCGUCGACUGGUUCUCUGUGAUUUCUCGAGGGUCACAAUUCAAAGUGGAAUCAUUGAUGUUCCGAAUCGCCAAACCAGAGAACUUUAUCUUGGUAUCGCCGAGUCGAAGGCAAGUGGGUGGACAGAAUGCGUUGGAAUGCCUGCCGCUAGUCAUGGAGCCACAGAGCGAUUUCUACACCAGUCCUCUACUGGUGCUCGACUUUCAAUCGUUGUACCCAAGUGUCAUGAUCGCAUACAAUUACUGCUACUCGACGUUCCUCGGUCGGGUUGUCAGUUGGCGGGGGACAAACAAAAUGGGAUUUUCCAAUUAUCAACGAGAGCAAAGAUUGAUCGAGUUGUUGAAGGACUACAUCAAUAUUGCGCCCAACGGGAUCAUGUACGCCAAGACUGAAGUUCGAAAGUCGUUACUUGCCAAAAUGCUCAGCGAGAUUCUGGAGACGCGAGUCAUGGUCAAGAGUGGGAUGAAGGUGGAUAAGGACGACAAGACGCUGCAGCAAUUGUUGAACAACAGACAGCUAGCACUGAAGCUGAUCGCCAACGUGACUUAUGGAUAUACGUCUGCCUCGUUCUCUGGUCGAAUGCCAUGUUCAGAGAUUGCCGACAGCAUUGUUCAAACGGGAAGAGAAACAUUGGAGAAGGCGAUUGCGUAUAUUCAUUCGGUGGAGCGAUGGGGUGCUGAAGUUGUCUAUGGCGACACCGACAGCCUGUUUGUGUAUCUGAAAGGUCGAACGCGAGAACAGGCAUUCGACAUUGGAGAGGAGAUUGCCGACACGAUCACUAAAAUGAACCCGCGACCGAUCAAGCUCAAAUUUGAAAAGGUAUACCAUCCGUGUGUUCUGCUGGCAAAGAAACGAUAUGUUGGGUUCAAGUACGAAAGUCGAAAUCAGACUGAGCCGGAUUUUGAUGCCAAAGGCAUUGAGACGGUGCGGCGGGAUGGGACGCCAGCCGAACAGAAAAUUGAAGAGACAGCACUCAAGAUGCUCUUCCGCACAUCAGAUUUGAGCCAGGUCAAGGCCUUCUUCCAGGCUCAAUGUGCCAAGAUCAUGCGUGGCAAGGUGUCUAUCCAGGACUUUUGUUUUGCCAAAGAAGUUAAGCUGGGGACAUACAGUGAGAAGGGACCGCCGCCACCAGGGGCUCUGAUCAGUGCACGACGAAUGCUGGAGGAUCCACGGCUAGAGCCACAAUACGGCGAGAGAGUACCCUAUGUGGUAAUCACAGGGGGGCCAGGUGCAAGACUGAUUGACCGUUGUGUCGCCCCUGAUGUACUGCUCAACGAUGCACAUUCGGAGCUGGACGCCGAAUACUACAUCUCGAAGAAUCUGAUUCCACCAUUGGAGCGAAUCUUCAAUUUGGUCGGCGCUAAUGUCCGGCAAUGGUAUGACGAGAUGCCCAAAUACCAAAGGAUACGAAGAGUUGAUGCAGGCAUGAUGAUCGAGGGGAAAGAGAUGGGAGUCACCAAGAAGACAUUGGAGUCAUACAUGAAAGCGUCUACAUGUUUGAUCUGUCGAGACGCUCUGGACAGCGAAUCUCCAAUCUGCAGCAGCUGCUCCGAAAGACCGUGGCACAGCAUCCUGACUUUACGGUCACGACUGGUCAGAGCCGAACGAAAGGCAUCGAGCUUUUCCAAGGUAUGUCGAUCAUGUUCAGGGUUUGGAUGGAAUGACGAGAUACGAUGUGACAGUAAAGACUGUCCCGUCUUUUACUCCCGUACACGACAAAAGACAGCUCUGGCAAAUGAAGAAGCGCAGUUGUUGCCGGUGUUGGAAAGUUUGGAGCGAGUGGAACGGGAUGAGAUAUCAUGGUGAAUGUAUAUUAUAGGGAAUUGGAUACGAGAAGGGGGUUGGUUGGUAUACUGAGCGCUGCAUUGGAAGGCGUUUGAAUAAGGGAGGGAAGGUCUCAAGGGUGG